UUUACCACUUGUGUGUAAUAAUUAAAUGGAUAAAUGAUGGGAGAGGCAGAAACAACUGUUUCUAUUGAGUAUUGCGAACUUCGGAAAACGAAAUCGGAUUCUGAUUCUGCCGAUGAUGUUACUAUAUUCAAAAAGGAACAGAAGAAGAAUCGUCUGAUAGAAAAGAUCGUCCAUCUCCUGUCCAUUGUCACAAUAAUUUGCUUGACACAUGGUGCAAUAUAUAAACAAUGGCUGAUUCCAUAUAUUUACACAAUUGUCACACCAAUUCUUCUAGUGAUCCGUGUGGUAAUGUAUUGGAAACUAAAUUACCAGUAUUUCCUGCUAGAUUUCUGUUACUUUGCAAAUAUUUUCGUCUUUGUGCAUAUCUGGAUACCUGAUAACGAUACUUUAUUCUUUAUUGUGUUUGGUCUAGCCAAUGGACCAUUGAUCUGGGCUAUGUUUGUGUACAGAAAUGCAGUUGUUUUUCACAGUGUAGACAAAGUAACAUCAUCUUAUAUACAUUACCUCCCUCCAUUAGUGUCUUUUGUCGUACGAUGGUAUCCAGAAUCAACAUCACAAUAUUGGAUGAAUGAUUUUAAACCAUCAACCGAAGUUGACGUGAAUAUGGUAAUCGGGUUGACAGUGUUUCCAUUUAUCUGCUUUUUCAUUCACAGUAUUCUUUACCAUAUCAUCGUCCAAAGAAUAUUGAAGCCAUCAGAUGAUUACAUUACGAGCUACAGUUACCUCAGUUUAAAAGAAGAAGCUUGUCUCACAAAACUUUUUCACUGUUGUGGUAAAAAACACAAAUGCAUUAUGUUUUAUGUGUUUAACUGGAUAUUUUGUUUGGUGUCAUUGACUGGUGUGAUGCUAUGGUAUAACUUCUACAUAGCUCAUUGCAUUCUUAUGGUAUUCCAAGCAUGCGCAAUCAUCUGGCAAGGAGCCAAUUAUUAUAUGCAUGUCUUUGCUGUUAAAGGAUUCGCUGAUGAAUAAAUAUCGAUCUCCAAAAUGUCUAACAUAACCUGUUUUAUAUCUGUUUUUAGGUAUAAAUGCCUAAAAAUAGACUCAAACAAGCAACUAAUUUAAUUUUUGAUUUCAUUGUAUAUUAAUAAUGCUUAAAACAAAUGUGAAGAUGUAUUGUAUUAUAUGUGUUUUCGUUAAAUGUGAGGGUGUAUUAUGUGAUAUGUGUUUUCGUGAAAUGUGAGGGUGUAUUGUAUAAUAUGUGGUUUCGUUAAAUGCGAGGUUGAAAUGUAUCAUAUGUGUUUUCGUUAAAUGCAAGGGGGAAAUGUUUAAUGUGUAUUCGUGAAAUUUGAAGGUGUAUUGUAUAAUAAGUGUUUUCGUUAAAUGCGAGGAUGAAUUGUAUAAAAGUGCAUUUCUUUUAAUAAAUAUAUGUGUUUUCGUUAAAUGUAAUGGUGCUUUGUAUAAUAUGUGUUCUUCGUUGCAAUCAAGUAAACUUGUGUUUCCCGGUAUAUCUUGUCUGAUGUCACAAUUUCUUAAUUCGGAAAAAUGUCUUGUGAAUUGAAGUAAAAGUAUAAAAUUUUGUAAAAUACAUAUUUUUUAUAUUUUGUAUAAUCUAAUUAUCCAUUCAUAUAAAUUAAGGCAAUAGUAGUUUACCGAUGUUAAAAUCUCAUAAAUGGAUCAUGAAGAAACAAUUCAAGGAAGCAAACAAAACUUAUGCACGCAUCACCCUCGAUAUGAUUCCACAUCCAGUCACAUUUCCCCCUUCAGUCACAUAGAAAUGAUACAAUCAGGAAUAGGACACAAUGGACAUAAUUACAUAUCAGACAACAUACUAACGUAUAAUAACAAUUACAGAGUUUAUAAUGAUAACUAAAUUAUGAGUCAGGGAAUUUUAAGUUUGUUAUUUGAAUUGUUCCUUUAUGGUUGUUUAAGGCAUCAACACAUAAAGGGUACUUAGUUUGUGAUAUGUGCAGCUACGAUCAAUAGUUCAUCUAACUGAUGACGCCCUAUCAUGUUUUAAAAUAUCUGUAUGGAAAGCGUACUUUGAAAUAGUUUUACCAAGCUUGAUUAUAGCUUGUAAGUGUGCAUAUAUAAAUUAAACAUGUAAUUUACAUGAAUUUUCAUUACUGAAAAUACGUAAUUGAUAACAAAGCAAAGCAAAUGAAUCAUAUCAAUACCAGAAAGUAACAAAACUGAAAGUAUACAUUAUAUUAAACACAGUAUCGUACCUCGCACGAGGUGCAAAGUCACAAACUCGUGUAUUUUACAGUUAAAUAUAUUUACAUGUUACAACACACAAAUGCGAUCUAUAAUAGUCAACAACCUUUGAAUUGUUUAGUCAGACUUAGAGGACAUCAUCUAUAUAUAGAAGUACGUUAUCAAUGCUGGCUUUGCUUUUUAUUCUUCUUUAGAAGCCCUUGUAUAAAGUAUGUCUUAAGCGAAUAAAAUCGGCAAGAAAAGGAGCAUAGUUACCAUAAAAAUGCCGACUGUCUUGUAAAACAUGUCCACCAAAAGUAACAAAUAUGUUGUCAAUAAACAUAUGAAGCAUCUUGA